GCAUCGCAUCGCAUCAGAGCGCUCACAUUUCCCCCAUUUUCAGCAGAAACUUAGCUCCUUUCGACAAUCAAGCCAAAGAUGCCGUACUACUCAAGGGGCGGUGAUGAUGACGUCGACGAGUUCGACGAGUUCGAUCCGACGCCUUACGAUGGCGGAUACAAGAUCGAAUUGACCUACGGUCGCCCCUUGGAACCAUCCGAUGAGACUUGCUACACUUCAGCCACACCAUCCGAUGGCGACUUUGAUUACCGCCGUCCCGAUUUCUCUUCCGGUGCCGAGCACCUUGCUUAUGCCGACGAAGCUCUCCAAACUGAAUACAGUAGCUAUGCCAGACCCAAGCCCCGACCUGGCCGUUUCGAACCUGCUCCUGCUUAUGGUUCUGGAUCUGAUCAGUAUGGAGCCCAGCAUGAAUCUGGUUAUGGAAGAAAGCCUGAAUAUGAGCAAUCCGAAUCUGGUUAUGUACGAAAGCCGGAGUACGAACGACCCGGAUCUGGAUUCGAAUCUGGUUAUGGUCGAAAACCUGAACUCGAGCAGCCUACUUCUGAGUAUGGUUCUGGGUAUGGCCGGAAGCCUGCAUAUGAGCAUUCACAUCAAUCGGAUUAUGGAUCCGGUUAUGGACGGAGACCCGAAUUCGAGCAGCCUCCACCUCCUGAAUUUGGAUCUGGGUAUGGUGGAAGACUUGAGUAUGGGGAACAAGGAUCUGAAUACGGAUCCGGAUAUGAAAGGAAAACCGACUCUGGGGAGCAAGGAUCCGAAUACGAAUCCGGAUAUGACAGGAAACCCAAGUAUGGGGAACAAGGAUCCGACUACGGAUCCGGAUAUGGCAGGAAACCCGAGUAUGGGGAAUCCGAAUCUGGAUACGGAUCUGGGUAUGGCCGAAAGGCUGAGUUCGAAGGUGGUGGAUCUGAAUAUGGGUCCGGAUAUGGACGGGGGAGCGAAACUGAGGCCGAGUAUGGAUCUGGUUAUGGAGGUAGGGCAGAGACCGAAUACGGGUCAGGAUAUGAGAGGAAACCGAGUUAUGGGAGAUCAGAGGAAGAGGGGGAAGGGUAUAGGAAACCGAGUUAUGCGAGGAAACAUGCUGAUGACUCGGACGAUGAAAAGAAGAAGGGGUAUGGUUAUGGCGAUGAAGAAGGCUAUGGCCGCAAGAAAUAUGGUGGCGAAAACAGUGAUGAUGAUGAAGAGAAGCAUCAUCACCGCUAUCAGCACCAUCACCAUAAGCGCCAGGACGAUUAUGACAAGUAAUCGUACUGGUGGUUCCCUCUACAAAUGGAGUUCAUGCCAUAGUAGCUACCUCCUUAUCGGUGUCUAGUUGUUUGUGUGCUUUGUGUCUGUUCGAUUGUCAAUCAAUAAAAUGCCAAACAUUGGGCCACUGCCGUUAUGCUUGAUGGUUAUGAA